AUGUGGUCGCUGCAUCCGCGCAUUCAUGAACUGGAACGUUACGGCUUACUCGUCUCGCCACUCGAGCUGUACAAGAGCGCAAAAGGCUAUGGAAAUGGGAGAAAAAUCCGGGUUUUGGGGCGCGUUUUCGGGGAAACAGUGGAAGAAAGAGCGCGACCAUUCCUCAAAAAACGUCACGACAUCACCAUCCGUAAAAUUGGUAUCGAAGGCCAACGACUUCGCUUGUCCCCCGGUUCUCAAGCUGAUCACGAUCUGGAGGUCGAUCUGGAGAUGCUCAACAAUGAAUUCAAGCUGAAUGAUAUACUCUUCGAGCGUGUCAUACGCAAGCACGCUGCCGCCCAUGAAUACGACUUCCUUUGCCUACGCUAUAACAUUACUCCCCACCGUGUCACUGCUCCCGAUCGUGAGGUCUAG